GGUACUUCUCUCUCUCCCCCGCCUGCGUUUACGAAUGAGCGCGCUCAUCUAGUCCCUCUUGCCUGCGGCGCAGGGUUCCCGUCUCUGCGGGAGGCUGAUGCUGUCAGCCGCGUCGCCAAGAUGCUUGUGCCCGCAUCCCUUCUCCCCUGCGUGUCAUGAGCUGCCCUAAAGAGUCUUCACGCCCACCUCGACGGUCCUGGGAGGCGCUGGCCGAUCUGGCGAUGGUGAUCUCCACCGCGUUGGGCCCUGGGGCUGCCCGCCUCUUUUACUACCCGACCCUCUUGUACACGCUGGUGCGGGAGCAGCUGCCUGGCUCGCAACGGCCAUGGUUCAGCCGCAUCGACCGCGCCGUUGUCUUGGGCGCCCUUCCUCUGCGGGGACGCUGCCGCCAGCUGGUAGAAGAAGAGAACAUCCGGGGAGUGCUCACCAUGAAUGAAGAGUAUGAGACUCGCUUCCUAUGUUGCUCUCCAGAGGAAUGGGAGGCAAUGGGUGUAGAACAAAUGCGUCUUAGCACUGUGGACUUGACUGGAAUCCCCUCACUGGAAAAUCUCCAGAAAGGUGUCAAGUUUGUACUGAAACAUCGUGAACAUGGAAACAGUGUCUAUGUGCAUUGCAAAGCUGGACGCUUUCGCAGUGCUACCAUGGUUGCUGCUUAUUUAAUUCAGGUCCACCAGUGGACGCCUCAGGAAGCAAUUGAAGUCAUUGCUAAGAUUCGUCCUCAUAUCAUUGUCCGUCGUAAACAGCUGGAGUUAUUAGAGGACUUUCAUAAGUCUGUAACUGAUGGAAAUCUUGCACUACAGCAGAAGCCGACAGAUGCAAAACACCAACCAUCACAGAAUAAACAGAGAGAGACAAAGCCACCAAAAGAUAUUCAAGUUUCCCCUCUGAAAACAGCUGGUUCCUAAUGUAUUAUUUAGGAGCAAGUUAUCAGUCAGUUCGUUUCUGCAGUGGUAGAAUAAAAGUUUUAAUUACUG